GAGCUCCCCAAUUCAGUCGAGAGUAAGCCUUUACAACGAAAGCAACGUUGCUAAAAAUAGUAAAAAAAAUAUUUGAAAAAAGCAAAAAUAUAACAAAUAUUCUAAAUGCAAACGGGUGUAGUAAAAUUAUAAAAAAAAUUGAUUAAUACAAAAAGAUUCUAGGCAAAAAAAAAUUACAAUUUGCUCUACAUUUUCCAGCAAAAAUAAAUGAAGUGUUGCAAUUUUAUAGUGAUUGUAAAAUUAUUUUUGGAAAAUUAGUUAUUAUCAAUAAAAUUAAACACCCACCGUUGUAUUAAAUUAAUAAUUAAUAAAAUUUAUAAAAAAAACCGAACCUACGCGCGUGAAUAUAUAGAAAAAAAAAAUUAUAGUAUCCCUCCCCUUUUUCAUUAAAUAGCAACAGAAAAAAAGGAAAAAAAUAACGUUUAAUAAAAAAAAACGGCCGCCUGAAAAAGAAAAUUGUUUUUUGCUUUAACUUUAACGAGUGAAGAAGCCUUCUUCUUUGCGCAGAAAAUCGAUUUUUUUACAUUGAUUAAAAAAAAAGGCACACCAACAUACCACCACUAAGUUUUAGCUAAGGUUCGGUCAUACACAGAUAUUUGUAUCUGAAAUAGAAAAAGAAAAUAAUAUAAAAAAACGUGGAAAUUUGUUGAUUAAUUUAUAACAAAAUAAGCUAAAGAAGAAGGAAAAAUUUAAUUAAAAGAAAAUUUAAAUACUAAUACAAUACAACUCUGGGUGUUUGUUUAAUAUAAAAAAAAUCUUAAAAAGAGAGAGAAAACAAAAAAAAAAGAUAAAGAGCCCCCCUAAAAACAAACACAUACACACUUAAAAUUGACAAAAUAAAUUAAAGAAAAAAACAAUUGGAUUACAAACGGGUAUAUUAUAAAUAAAGUGCUUGUGUUUCUCUAGCUAACGGCCAAGGUUAUUCAGUCCCUUUAACUUAAAUUUAAAAAAAAUAUAUAAAACAAUAGUUUAAAAUUAUCAAGUAAAUGUUAAUAAUUAAAUCAAUUUAUCAACAAACUUAUAAUUUUAUCUGCCAUUCAUACUCUUAACGUAAUAAUUGUUAGUAGAAAAAAAAAUUGUAUAUCUUUUGCUAAAGAGCAAAAAUGCUUUAUGAAUACAAAGAGAAAGAGAGCUUGCUAAAAUUUUAACAAGAGCAUUAUAGUUGUUUCACAAAAGAGUUUAAGAGAAAGUGUUUUUUUUUUUUUUUGAAGAAUAACCAAACAAAGCAUAAUAAAUAUAAAAAAUACGCCAAAAAUAUAAUAAAAAAAUACAUAUAUUUUAUUCUAUUUUAACAGAAAUAUUAACAAAAGCUACGUAAUACAUAUAAAUAUAAAAAAUAUCUCAAGAUAAAGUGAACAAAUCAAAUUCAAAUAGAAUUUAAAAUAAAAAAAAAAAAUAAAUUUGUGUAAAAAGUGAGUCACGUUUUCAGCAAAAUUUCUGCUGUUGGCUUUUGUAUACUCCAAAACCAGUAGUAAAGAAGAAAAAAACAAAAUACGGAAGAAGAAAAAAACACUGCUGGUACUACUUACUCGCUAUACUUGUUUGCCCGGCUGUGUUCCAGUACCAGCAACAACACAUACAUCAACUACCACCUGCAAAAUCCCCUCCCUCAACAAAGACGUAAAGAACGUUAUCAUCCUACAACAGUAAAGCGAAAAACAAAACUAAAAUUUGUGUAAAAGUGGCAUUGAAAAGUAUAUAAAUCAUCAGAUAACAAUAAAACAACAAAAAAAACUAAUCUUAGCAAUGUUGAAUAACAAAAAACUAAAUUAAAACUUAAUAAAAAACGCAGACUAACACAACUGCUAAAAAAAAAAUACAUAUUUUUCUUGAAAAAAAAACUAUAAAAAACUAAACCCAAACUAAACUUCUACUUUAAAACAACACUAAACGUUUAAACUCCUUCAAACACCAACUCUCUAAAGCGAAAAUCCAACCAGCAACAUGACAAAAGACAGAUUAGCCGCUUUACAUGCAGCCCAAUCGGAUGAUGAGGAGGCCGAAGAGGUGGCUGUUAAUGUUGACACCACUCAUGACUCCUAUAUGGAUGAUUUCUUUGCCCAGGUCGAAGAAAUACGCAAUAUGAUCGACAAGGUGCAAGAAAACGUUGAGGAGGUUAAGAAAAAACAUUCGGCCAUUCUAUCUGCACCCCAAUCGGAUGAGAAAACCAAACAGGAGCUAGAAGAUCUCAUGGCCGAUAUUAAAAAGAAUGCCAAUCGUGUUAGAGGCAAACUAAAAGGCAUCGAACAGAAUAUUGAACAGGAGGAGCAACAGAAUAAAUCAUCGGCUGAUUUGCGUAUACGCAAAACUCAGCAUUCGACACUGUCACGUAAAUUUGUUGAGGUCAUGACCGAAUACAAUCGUACACAAACCGAUUAUCGUGAGCGCUGCAAGGGAAGAAUACAACGUCAAUUGGAGAUCACCGGUCGUGCUACGACAAACGAAGAAUUAGAGGAUAUGUUGGAGCAGGGCAAUCCGGCCGUCUUUACGCAGGGUAUCAUCAUGGAAACGCAACAGGCUAAACAAACUUUAGCCGAUAUAGAGGCUCGUCACGCUGAUAUUAUGAAAUUGGAGACAUCGAUCAAGGAAUUGCAUGACAUGUUCAUGGAUAUGGCUAUGUUGGUGGAGUCACAGGGUGAAAUGAUCGAUCGCAUUGAGUAUCAUGUGGAGCACGCUAUGGACUAUGUGCAGACUGCAACUCAGGAUACAAAGAAAGCUUUGAAAUAUCAGAGUAAAGCCCGGCGAAAGAAGAUUAUGAUUUUGAUAUGCUUGACUGUGUUGGGUAUCAUAGCUGCUUCAUAUGUUAGCAGUUAUUUCAUCAUAAAUUCAAAAAAAUAGGAAGUUAUAGCUAAAGGAUUAAUGUGGCCCCCCUAAAAGUAUGCUUGAAAAAUCCACCUACCAGCAAAAAAAUCAUCCUGUUGCUGCAGUCAUCUUUUUAAUUAUUAAGCUUGUUUUUUUAUAAUUAUAAUUUAUGUUCAAUUAAUUUAAAAGUAUUGCACUUUUUUAUGUAUUUAAUUGUAUGUUUAAUUAAAUAUUUAUUGUGAUUUCAUUAUUAGGUUUUCAUGUUAUUUUUUUUGUUAGUAUAACUAACAAUUUUGUACUUAAAGUGGCAUUUAUUUAUUUAUGUAAAUGUUUUAUUUAGUUUGUUUUUUAUUUUUAUUUUUAACACACAAAAAAAAAUGCUUUAAAUUAUUGUUUUACUAUAAAUAACAUUUAUAAAGCAUAAUUAUGUACCUUUCACAAUCUGAAAACGUUAAGAAAAUGAAAACAAAUCAAGAAAACCAAAACCUGCUCGUUUUAUUAACUAAUAACAUCUAAAACAUAAUAAUUAAACGCAAACAACAUGCUACAAGGAAUGUGUUAUUUUGGUCAUAAUCAUUGCAUUUUGUCCAAAACAUUUCCAAGAAGCACAUGAUUUUUAAAAGGCACGAUUUUUAUUGACUGCUUCAUAAGUACUUAACAAAUAACCAUAUUAAUGCAACAAUUUUAACACCUACAACAACAACAACAACCAAAUAACUCCACACUCUGAUAACAUUUUGCUAAUUUUUCUCAACUGCAACAUCUUUUUUUUUUCCCGGAAAGAAUGCAGCCAUAAAGAAAUUUUUAUUUACAUCCAACCACUUUAUUGCACAUGACUGUUGAAAAACUUAAUGCGCUCCCAACCAAUAAAAACUACUUAACACACUCUCAAGCCACACACUUUUCUUUUCGCCUCGAAAAGUGUGGGAAUUUUUCAUCAUAAAUUUACUAAAACAUCAGUGUCGCCACACAAAUUUGACACACUUCAUCAUAUGUACUUUGUUUUAUAACAAUAAAUUCCAAAAAAAAUCUAAAAACUGCUGCAAAUGCAAUGCGAUUUUUAACGUUUAAAAGCUUAACCUUAGUUAACUGUAGUUUAAUGGUUAAAGUAACACCAACAACAACAACAACAUCGUUAAAUACAACCACCACCAACAUUAUUAUUAGCCAAUCUUUCUACGGACAUAACAACUUUUUGGAAUAGUUACAAAAAUUUCUCGUUUUGCAAUUAAGUUUCAUAGAGACAGACAGAUAGAUGUUCGACGUUUUCUCCAUGGAUUUAUUAAAAUUUAAG